AUGCCGUUGAGGCGGCAUGCCUCCUCACGCGAGUCCUGCUCACGCUCAAGAACACACACACCAAAUAAACGUCGCGCCAAUGGGAACUACUCGUCUGUUGCGAGCUCCUCGCAUUCCUCCCCAUCACGAGGCCGUUCCAGUACCAACGGACACACUGGCCAAGCCACGCUCGGUGAUCCCAUCUCGCCCUCUCGCCCAUUCCGCAGCGUAAAGGCGACUGAGCUCUUCAUUGACCUGCUCGAUAGCAGCGACGAUGAGGCGCCUCCACGCCCGACCGCACAAUCACAACAGCAGCCUGCUGACUACGACGAGCUGGAUGACGUUGUGACUCCCGAGCUUCCUCCAGCAGAUGCUUCCGCACCGCCGCUCCCCGAGUCUCUCUCAGACUCGUUUGUCACGCCCGAUCCGCCUUUGAUGGGGAUCAUCGCGAAUGCAGAGACACCCAUCGUCAGUACCAGCCAAGGUCAGCUCAGUCCAGAUCCCACAUCAGAACCCUCUUCUCCGCCACAUCCGCCGCCACAUCCGCUUUCCAGUCAACGCCCUCUCUUCAGUCCAGAAGAUCUCGAAUUGCAGCCGCUCUACGACGAGCUCAAGGCCCUUCUGGAUACCGAGCAGGCAAGCGACGCAGACGAGGACGAGGACGAGGACUACGAGCAGCGUCGUCUUCGCAAGCUUCGUGCAAACGACGCUCUUCUAGCCCAGCUCGGCCUUGGCACCAGUGGUCAUCCGAAUCCCAUCGGAGAUGAUCAUGCGGUUGUUUCUGCAAACGCACGGAACGAGGACGCUGACGCGCAGCUGGCGCACUCCAACGACACACCUUCUCGAGGACACGGUCGACCCAAAAAGCGUGGUCGCUCUGACUCGGCACGCCUUCCAGAGACAGCACAAGAGCCUCGCACAAACAGAAAGAAGAAAAAGUACGACCGUAGGGUCAAGUUCGCAAAGGAUGGCACUACAAAGUCGGCUCCUCUUCCGGGCGAGUCUUUCGACCUUGCCUACGUCGAGUUGCCCCCGCUCCGAAAUCGAGCUCGAAACGAGUAUGUCUUUAUCAAGGAUGUGCCUGAUAUUCGCCCCGAGGACCUGGUCUCAUGGAGCGAGGACGAAGAGGAAGAAGAGGAUGCCGACGCUGGCGAUCAGGAUGAGCUUGAUGAAGAUGACGCCGUCCUAGGUUAUGAUGCAAUCGGUCGCAUCAAGAAGAGACGUAAGAGAUAUCAGCCGAACGUGCUACCUGACGGAACCGUGUUGACCUCCUGCCACCAAUGCAGACGCAAGACGCCCAGUCUCAAGAUGCGAUGUGGCCGAGGCAGCUGUAUCCUCUCGUAUUGCGAACGCUGCAUUACUGUCCGAUACGACGAUAUGCACUUUGAUCCCUUCGCUCCCAACUUUACGUGCCCUAAGUGUCUGGGCUUUUGCAACUGUUCCAUCUGUCUCCGACGGUCCGGCCAUGGCGAUCUGGUUCAUAAGGGUAGGGAACACGUAUUGGCUUUCUCUAGCCAGCUUAAAAAGCUCGCAGUCGAAGCUGAUCAAGAUGGGUCCGUUGGCCUCAAGGAUGGUACGGGCACUCUUCCCGCACAAGUGGUCGCUCUUGGGACGGAGACAUCAUCGCGGAUUAAACGAAGAGGCAACGGCCAAGUCAAUGGCAGGGCGACCAAGAGCAAGCGCCUUGAUCCCACCGUCCCGGCUCCUAGUCCACCCAAGCGGCGGGGACGCCCGUUCAAGGAGCGAGAAGGCAACCAGAUUUGGACCCCGAUCAAGCUCGAACUCGAUUUAUCGGACGAAGUUGCCGAAGACGAUGUCUACAGUCCGCUCGAAGAAUACAUGCUGGGAAGGCUCUCCGUGGCUCGCCGCAUUCUGAAGCUCAUAGCAGCAGAACAGGCUGCUCCGACAACAGCUGCUCCGUCGGUCGAUGCUGUGCCAAGACCCAAGCUGGUGGUCAGACUCAGGAUACCGCCGCGAACGCUGUCUCGCGCCCGAACUUUUGCUGUAGCUGACGGAGUUGUCGAGAAGAAAGGAAAGAUAUCGAGCUACCACGACGCGGAGAAGGACGUACGCAGCGCUGCAAAUCACAGCGCGUUUGAGUCCGAUGCUGGAGUUCUUACAGACAGGGACAUGUUAGAGGAGAAUACGGAUGACGCACGAGAAGACGACGACGCGCAAGAAGGGGAGGACACAGUCGAGACGCUGUUCGAGGAAGGCCGUACACAGGUGUUUGCAGCUUCGCUGCUUCAAAGGCACGACACCACGAGUGUUGCCUACGGCACGGAAACCUCGCCACUCACUGGCCUGGACGAUGGAUCGAGUGGUUGCUCUGUCGCCUCUUCGCGGCACAAUGGAUCGAGACAGGCAGAGAUCAGUGCAGAGGAGGAGGAGGAGGAGGAGGAGGACGACGACGACGACGACGAUGACGUCGAAUUGUCGACGCAGGCGUCUUUCGAGACCGCUGUUACGUCUUCCUCUCUCAGGAAGCCACAGAACAUGCAACAGCUGGCACUGGCUGUACUUGAGGACGCCGACGGAGUCAACAAAGCGGUACACGCCGACAUUCUGCGAGUUCACGAGCCUCUGGCUUUUCCGUCGUGUUCCGGCUCGGAAGCAGGACAGCUGGGCGCACUGCUCGACCCACAACCAGUUGCAGGAACGCCCUUGCACUUCCUCGAGUCGGCGUUUUCCGAUCUCGACGACGCGGUGGUUCGGAACUAG